AUGGCUCAGCCCCAGGUCUUCUUCGACGUCUCCGCCGACGGUGCUCCCCUCGGCAAGAUCGUCUUCAAGCUCUACAACGAUGUAGUCCCCAAGACUGCUGAGAACUUCCGCGCCCUUGCCACUGGCGAGAAGGGCUUUGGAUACGCCGGCUCUUCUUUCCACCGUGUCAUUCCCGACUUUAUGCUUCAGGGCGGUGACUUCACCAACCACAACGGCACUGGCGGCAAGUCCAUCUAUGGCGAAAAGUUUGCCGACGAGAACUUCAGCCUGAAGCACACCAAGCCUGGUUUGCUGUCCAUGGCCAACGCCGGUCCUAACACCAACGGAUCUCAGUUCUUCAUCACCACCGUUGUCACCUCGUGGCUCGAUGGAAAGCAUGUCGUCUUCGGUGAGGUCGUCGAGGGUAUGGACGUCGUCAAGAAGAUUGAGACUAUGGGCAGCGGCUCCGGCAAGACCAAGAAGAAGAUUGUCAUUGACAAGAGCGGUCAGCUGUAA